AUCACCAACUUUUGUAGAUAUUGUAGCCAACUAGAAACGCCAGUUUCUAGCCAUGGGCGAGGUCACGGCAGCCCAAGGUCGGUUGAAGUUGGAGGUACCAAUUGCAAAUGGCAGCUCAUCAAAGCCGCCGCUGCACGCAGAGAAACAAAAAGAAUUGCUAAAUGAGAGUUUGGAUCGCGAGCGCAUCUCCUAUGAUGAUCCUGUACAGACUACCGUGGAAGAACCAGGCUGCGAAAGAUUCUUAGUAUACAAUUAUGAGGUGCGGAGUCUGUCCUUUUUCAGGACCUUACUAGGAACAUUGCGGUAUUUUCUGAAUAAGCUACAAGCCGAACAUAUGCCUUACCAUUUCAAUCCCACUGUUAUCAUACAUUCUAUGUCUUGUUUUUCUACUGAUGUGAUUCCUGCUCAUCUGAAUAUUCCAAUAGCGGCCAUUUAUUUUGGAAAUAUUCAAGGUGGAGUUCUGAUCAGCCACUGGGAGGUUUCAUACAGAGACAGAUCUGAGUCGGAUGAAAGAUGGAAAAGUAAAAUCAGUGCGGAUUUUAUGUAUGACCAAAGUGACAUCAUUAGUCUUAAAUUCGAAAAUCCUGGAGAAUCAAGAUGGUGGGAUGAAGAAACCGAGAGCGGGGAGAAUUCGCGAAGUAAAGUUCUUGGAACAGGACACUACCAGGUUACGGUCAAGCUGAACUACAUCCGCCGCAUAAUUGUGGACAAUGCAGUGACGGACGCUUAUGGCAGAGAUAGGACGCGGAUACAUCUAGAUCUUAAUUGCCCCGUGAUGAUAAAAAGAGGCUUCGUCAAAAAUCGUCCUGAUAAAAACCCUUUCAUUGAAGUCCAGAAAAUGCGAUGGACUUCGAUCUAUCGUGGACGACGUGCUAGUGACAAUCCCAAUCCGUUGGCUUUUUCUGACAGUCCAAUAUUUACGAUCGAGUUCGAUGAAUCAGCUUCUGAUUCUACUCUUUACGCAAUUCUAUCGCGCCUCCGAGUCAGAACUGGUGUCAGCAUAGAGUUUGCCAGCUACCAGAUAGUCGACAAACCGUAUUACAAAACAAAGUGUCCGUACGCAACAUGGGCCAAAAAUAACGAUGAGGAUGUAAAUGCUGCCACUGAUCACGAAGACGCAACGAUGAACGCGUUUUUGAAAGAUACAGUAAGAAAAGAAGAUGUUGAACCAGAGAACAAGCACGUGUCCGAUGCUGUCAAGGAGCGUACAUUUUCGCUUUUGUAUCUAAUCGAAGGGUUGAUAUCGAGAGGUGCGGUCGUGAAGGAUCAGAUAUUACUGGACAAGGCCGUGUGGAUAGAUUUUCUUUUAGUGUUAAACCGUUGCUAUCGGGAAUCUAGGGAGGUGUGUAUUUAUUCCUUGGAACGGCUAUUAAGUAUGAUUGAUGAACGAAAGCGAAUCGGUUCAUUAAUUAUGGCAUUUAUAAAUGAGUACGAGGCUGAACUUGAUCGCGGUGUGGCUUCGACUUUAUCAUGGCAAGAGAUGAAGGAUGGAUAUAGAAAAGUCCGAAAGCUUGUUAUCACUCAAACCAGAGUCAUCUAUGUGGUGCCCGAGACUUUGAUGGCAAAUAGAGUCAUCAGAUCGUAUGACCAUGAUGGAACUAGAAUAAUUCGAGUAGCAUUCAGAGAUGAUGACAAUCAAGCCAUGCGCUCGAACAAAACUUCUAUAUCUCUGAUAAAACGCACAUUGCAGAAGUAUAUGACAAAUGGACUUGUUGUCGCAAAUCGUAAUUUUGGCUACUUGGGAAGUUCUAAUUCUCAAAUGCGUGAUUCUGGAGCGUAUUUUAUGGAGAAAUACUCUAGGAAACAGUAUGCAGAAUAUGUAGAAGAGUUUCGCGAGGAACCACCUCCAGAAUUUCGUCCCAAAAUAGACGCUGCCAGAGAACAACUUGGCAGGUUCACCGUGAUGGAAAGUAUUCCAAAACUGAUGGCUCGACUAGGCCAAUGUUUCACUCAAAGCAAGAAAACGACCAUCCCGAUCAAGCGAAGUCAGUACAUGAAAUCCUUUGAUAUUAUCGGCGGAAGUAACCAGAAAGGAAAAGAGUACACCUACAGUGAUGGUGUAGGCAUCAUUAGUAAGGCUUUUGCCAGUGCAAUUUCUAAAGAUCUCAUGCUUGGGACUUGUGUUCCGAGUUGUUUCCAGUUCCGGUUUCGUGGUAUGAAAGGAGUGGUUGCUGUAGAUCCAUUACUGGAUGAGAUCGCCAAAUGGGCUACAGAGAAUCCCAUCGAAGCUCCUAAGUGGAAACAUGGUUCCUGGACACUCAGGAUGAUAUUCAGACCAAGUCAAAUCAAGUUUGACGCUAUGCGUACAUCAGCCGAUUCACUGGAAGUUGUCAAAUACUCGGCACCCGUACCAGUCGCGUUGAACAAGCCUUUCAUUUGCAUCUUGGAUCAGGUGUCCGAAAUGCAAUCGUACGAAUGUCAUGCACGAGUUACCAAUCGAAUAGAAGAGUUGCUUGACAUCCAGCUGCGUGGGUUUGCCAGAGCAAUGCUUCGGGAGCACGACUGCAGAAAUAAGCUCAAGGAGCUACCAAGACGAGUCGACAUUGAUUGCCUAUCCGUAGUUUCUGGAUUCCAACUAAGCACAGAGCCGUUCUUCAGGUCACUGAUUAAAGCUACCAUCAAGUAUGCGAUAACCAAACAAAUGCGAAAGCAGCAAAUCCAGAUUCCCUUUGAUAAAGGUCGUUCCAUGUUGGGUGUGGUCGACGAGACUGGUCAGCUUCAAUAUGGGCAGAUAUUUGUGCAAUACACUGAGAAUAUCAAUCUCAAAAUGCCACCUCCGAAUGCUUCGAGAAAAAUUCUUACUGGCACAGUACUGCUUACAAAAAAUCCAUGUAUAGUAGCUGGCGAUGUUCGCGUCUUCACAGCUGUGGAUGUACCAGAAUUGCAUCAUCUAUGCGAUGUAGUUGUUUUCCCGAUGCAUGGCCCACGACCACAUCCGGAUGAAAUGGCAGGAUCCGAUCUUGAUGGGGACGAAUACUCAGUAAUUUGGGACAAAGAUCUGCUUUUGGACCAUAACGAAGCACCUUUCGACUAUACUGCAGAUAAACCAGAGACUAAACCCAUCGACAAGAAAACUAUGAAUCAAGACAUGGUCGAAUUCUAUAUAAAAUACAUCACGCAAGACUCGGUCGGCUCCAUUUCGAAUUCGUUCCUGUUCCAAGCUGAUCUAUACGGGCUAACUUCAGAGGUGUGUUUGCGAUUAGCCAAGAAAAUCUCACAAGCUGUAGAUUUUACGAAAACUGGUCUGCCACCGCUACCACUAGUGAAGACUUGGACUAUCGACGACGAAACAGGCAAAGAUAUUCCUCCCGAAAAAAGUGAGCGUCAACCUGAUUUCCAUUUUGGGAAUGACUAUGAACCGACUUAUCGAAGUGCUCGGUUGAUGGGACGAAUAUAUAGAGAGAUCAAGGCUAUUGAGGACGUGCUAAAAAUCUCCGAAGACAUAGACGAGCAAGAUGAGGUGGAAUGCGAUAGAUAUCUCAAUGUUGAUGGAUGGGAGAAGUAUAAAGAAGUGGCAGAGGCUCAGUUGUCCAAGUAUAAAGGACGGAUGAGGGCUAUCAUGGAAAACUAUGGUAUAAAAUCAGAAGGGGAGAUCUUUUCUGGUUGUAUCGCGGAGAUGAGAAACCGCAUCUCGGACAAAGAUCAAGAUGACAUGUCAUUUUACAAUACAAAUGAAGUGAUAGAAAAGAAAGUUACCAAUCUAUUCAAGGAGUAUAGGGAAGAGUUCUUCCAUGAAUUUGGAGGCUGGCAAAACUGUACGAAAUUGGUCUCCAAAAAGUUUGCUAUUGAAGAAAACAUCUUUCAUCGACAUGCGCAUCAUCCACCAUUGGAAAUGCAACAAAAAGCUGUGGCGUACUAUCGAGUCUGUUAUGGAACAGCUCAGCAAACAUUGGAGAGAAUCUUAUCUUUUGCUUGGCUUGCUUAUGAUGUGCUUGCUUUGGUCAAGCAAGAGCGAGUAAUCAACGAAGAGGAUCAUAUCCCCGCUGCAACUCCUCUCUAUGAUAUGCUCAAAAAGCGAAUAGAAGAAUACUGUUACGAUCAGAAAGCAAAAUUCUUCAGUUUCAUGCAGUUUCCUAAUCAUGAGGCUUUGUUGCCGAUUCGGAUGUACACGGUGCAUUAUUCAGGCUUGGCCCGACUGAUGUUCAUCGUAUCAGAGUGGGCAGAAAAAAACAAGCUACUAACGGGUCGACUUGCAAGUCACCAUGUGUGCUUAAUUCUGAUCCUUUUUGCUAUCGGUCGCAUUUCUGGUUGUUUGACACGAGCGAAGCCUUUCUUGGACAAACUUGAAGGAUACGAAGUACAUUGCGAUGAUCCUGAAGAUAUAGACGAAGAGACUCAGGUGGAAAUGCUCGUGGCCUUUUUUGAAUACCUGGCGUCAAGGGCUUUUCGUAAACUGACGCACAUCUCAUUUGAUGAACUUGGUUAUGCCUCUGUAUUUUUACGAGGAGAAUGGAUACCUAUGCAUGAGACGGCCGUGAAAACUUACUACAACAUGGUUUUCAAUCUGCAGUUUGAUGAGCUUGAUGAUGAAUCAUUCCUAGAUCCUGCAAGAAAUGUAACAAUCCGUGAAUGUGAACCAUUUGUAAUAGAACUUCCAGACAACGUUAACUUAUCUGAAAUUGAGGAAAGAAUCAAACUGAAAACUGGUGUGGAGGAGAUUGCGCUAAGAGCAUUACCAUGCCGGCAAGAAGGUCGGGUGGCAGUUUCGGCUCGAGGUACGGUACCGAGUCUACGAAUGCUGCGAGAUCUGGUCACUGUCAAGCCAUUGCUGAAAACAGCAGCAAGAGGAAAAGAGAUCUCCGAGCAGCUUUGUCGCCUUAUCUAUGAAAACAUCAUGAAACUGUAAUGGCUGCAUUUGUCGACUGUAUAGGUAUUGAUUGACAACCGAAGUUGUGAUAUUCUCUGCCAUUAUGUUUUAUUGUUCUGUGUCAGAGUGGCACAUAAUGUACAACACUCAGCGCCAAGCAUCUGCGUUCUGGCCUAUUCCAUCCAAGGUUGCUAAACAGAAACACGAGGGAGAGACUAUAUUUUAGUAUCCCUUUCCUUAAAAGGAAGGAUUUUUAGGGAGUGCUUCUGAGUUCAAAAUUCAUUUCAGUAUACUCAUCUUCGAACGCCAAAUUCAAAUCUGCUCUAUUUAGCCGAGCGUAGUUAUGUCCUCUAGGCCGCAUGGACUGGAAUCGGAAAACUCUAUAGCUUUUUUUUUGAAGCAACCUUUAGAAAAUAAGUAAGGUCAAUAUCCCCCCCCCCUCCAAUCUCUUAUGGGUACGCUUUGAUUUUAUAUGAUUCACUAUGCUAUGCCUGUCUGCCGUAUUUGUUUUAUCUCUGCCAGUAUCUACCAGCACGUUCGAUAUUAUAUAAUUAAUCUUUUAUGGUGCUCGAUUAGCCGCAUUUGGCUCUGCCUCUCCAAAAUCUUAUAUUCCACGCUAGUCUUUGCAAAUUUCAUGAUUGUAACUUGCUUUAUUCAAUUCAGGAAGUUUCAUGUAUUAUCGUUUCACCAUUCCAUGGCCUUUUAUAAAGUUUGAACGAU